AUGAUGGUCAUCCACGAGCAAACCUCCCCACACACGCGCUCACAUAAUGCGGAAUUCGCCUGCUUGUUCCCACGAUUGAGCGAAGACACGAAAGUCAAGGAAACGUACCAGUCCAUUGAACUUGAUGCCACGGCCGGUCAGUUGGUGCGAAGCUGUUGCAGGCUAUAUGGAUCAAAGCCUACGAUGGUGCUCGCUACGAUCUGGACUGUCACGCUCCAUAGUUUUACGGAGGGAGAGCGCGUGAAAUUCGCACUGUUGCAUAAAGUACCUGUACACGGCGUACGCUGUGCCGAAGGAGGAAAGGAAUAUGUUCGAGCAGAGACAUAUGCCACGCUCAUCGACCGCGAAACACCGGCGAGGGAGCUGAUGAAACAGGAAAAUUGGGAGAUUCUCCCGCACGUCGGCGGUGAUCAGCUGCUUAAUACUGGGCUGUAUAUGGGUGGCGAGACUGAGGAGGAGUUCUCAACAAUUCUUAAGGUAGCGUGA